UGUUCUUUUCUUCUCGAUAUGAACAACAUAAUGAUUUUCCUCGUUUUCCUUCAUCAUCAUUUCAUCUUCAUCUCCAUCCACUCUCUCGCAAGUGUUUCUCUGUUCCACGCUAUCUUCUAAUUCGCUCUUCUUAUUUUUCUUCUUCUUCUUCCUCCUCUUCCCUUUGCACUAAGCUUUUGUAUCACUUUCGCCAUGGAUUCUUCUCUCAACUCGGUUUUGGUGGAAUAUAGAGCCUCUGCCAAUGCUUUCCUGUCCAAAUACGAGCCACUGGCUCUCGUUUUUGGUCCUCUUUUGGUCCUACUAUUGGCUCGGCUGCUUCAGUCAUUUCUGGAUCUUGUUUACGAAGCAGGACUUAAAGCUACCUUCUUAUCGUUCUUCAUGGCUACGAUUAAGUUAAUUCCUGGGGUGAAACGUCGGAUCGAUUCUGAGAAGCAGAAGGUUGUGGAAAAAUUACAAUCCGGCGGUAAUUCUAAAAGAGAAAGUUGGAGGACUGAGUUGCCAAUGGCCGGCCUGGGAACUGAAGUCAUUGAGAAAAUGAAAAAUGAGAAACAAAAAGAUGUGGUUUGGCAAGGAAAAUGCUCGGGUACAGUCUACAUUGGAGGAUCUGAAUCUGAAGGUCAUUUUUCUCUCAUAAACGAGGCAUGUUCAAUGUUUGCACAUACAAAUCCUUUACAUUUGGAUGUAUUUCAAAGUGUGGUGCGGUUUGAAGCUGAAGUAGUGGCCAUGACUGCUGCUCUUCUUGGCAGUAAAGUGGAGGCUUCUGGAGGGCAAAUCUGUGGAAACAUGACAUCAGGAGGAACUGAAAGCAUACUGUUGGCUGUGAAGUCAACACGUGACUAUAUGAAAUCCAAGAAGGGAAUUAAAAAACCUGAAAUGAUAAUACCUGAGUCUGCACAUUCAGCAUAUGAUAAGGCUGCUCACUAUUUUAAUAUCAAGCUGUGGCGUGUCCCUGUAAACAAAGAAUUCAAAGCAGAUGUGAAAGCUAUUCGGAAAUUUAUCAACAGGAAUACUAUCUUGAUUGUUGGAUCUGCGCCUGGGUUUCCUCACGGAAUCAUUGAUCCGAUUGUUGAACUUGGGGAAUUAGCUUCUAGCUCUGGCAUUUGUCUGCACGUUGACUUUUGUCUUGGCGGCUUUGUGUUGCCGUUUGCGCGCAAGCUUGGGUACCCAAUUCCACCUUGUGAUUUUUCAGUUAAAGGAGUGACAUCGAUAUCUGUGGAUGUACAUAAAUAUGGAUUAGCACCCAAAGGAACAAGUGUGGUUUUGUACAGAAAUCAUGAGAUUAGAAAGCAUCAAUUUGUUGCUGUAAGUGAGUGGUCUGGUGGGCUUUACGUCUCUCCAACAAUAGCUGGAAGCAGACCCGGUGGCUUGAUUGCUGGGGCUUGGGCAGCAAUGAUGUCUUUGGGAGAAGAAGGAUAUUUGCAGAACACAAAAGAGAUCAUGGAAGUAUCAAAGAGGAUACAUAGGGGGAUAAACGAAAUACCCGAGUUAUUUGUUAUCGGAAAGCCAGACAUGACAAUUAUAGCAUUUGGGUCUACUGCUCUUGACAUUUUUGAAGUCAACGACAUUAUGUCAUCAAAAGGCUGGCAUUUGAAUGCCUUGCAAAAGCCUAGCAGUAUUCACAUCUGCGUGACGCUUCAGCAUGUAUCUAUAGUCGACAACUUUCUCCAGGACCUGCAAGAAUCUGUCACCAUUGUAAAAAAGAAUCCAGGUCCAAUUAAUGGAGGAUUAGCUCCAAUAUAUGGUGCAGCAGAGAGAAUGCCAGAUAGAUCUAUGGUUCAAGAGUUGCUCAUAAGUUACAUGGAUGGUACAUGCUAGCAGGCAGUAGCUUGUCUCAUUUGCUCACAUUGGUUUGCUUCAUAUAAAUUUCAUUUUGUAUUAUGUCAUUUUCAAAUAAAAAUAUUUAAAUUAUGAAAAGAAUAAACUAUAUUCUUCAAGAUUAGCUUGAUAGUGUCGGUUGUUGCUGUAAUGUGUUGAAUUAUUGGCACAUUUUUAUUGUCUUAUAAACAUGUAAUACUAGGUGGGUUGAUGGUUCUGAUGAUACAUUUGACCUUGGGAAAGCUUUUAAACGAAGUCUUCUAAAGCUGUUGUUUUUCUAA